UUUUUUUAUUGGAGAGUUGAAAGCAAAGGGAAGGCCUUUCGAGAAAAUCCGAGAAAAAAUAAAUUUGUUGUGAAACGAAAUCAUCACAAGGACGUUGGGAGUGAACGCUAAACGUCGAAUAAUUGAAAAAAAUAUUGGAAGUAGUAAAGGCAAUCUCUGAACGGCUGCUGCCUGUUCCUCACUAGAGGGCAUCCCGCCUCUGAGGUUAUGUCAACGGCUGUACUCCUACGUCUGGCUAGGUCUGCAGGGGGACCCCAGCUAUGCCGUCGUGCCACUCGGCAGAUUGCCUGUGCCCAGCAGCAGGAUACCCCACGGAGGGCAUUAAGCACCCCUAGCAUGCCACUGGCCAGUAACUCUCGCUUUGACCCAGACAGCAGCGGCCAGCCCACUACCUGGGACUCGUUUGGUAUCUGGGACAAUCGCAUUGAUGAGCCCAUCUUGCUUCCGCCCAGCAUCCGCUACGGCAAGAUAAUCCCAAAGGUGAGCCUGUCUAAGGUGGGCUUUGCCUCUCUCAUUGGCCAGAGGAAGGAGAAUGAGGAUCGCUACCAGCUCUCGCAGAUGACUAACAACAUCAUGUACUUUGCUGUGUUCGAUGGCCAUGGCGGACCCGAGGCAGCAGACUUCUGUGACAAGUUCAUGGAGAAAUACAUCAAAGAUCUUGUUGGUGAAGAAGAUAACUUGGAAGUGGUUUUGACCAAAGCAUUUCUGGAAGUAGAUAAAGCGUUAGCAAGACACCUUCACUUCUCCCCAGAUGCGACGCUUCUGACGGCAGGCACCACAGCGACGGUGGCGUUGCUAAGGGAUGGCAUCGAGCUGGUGGUUGGCAGUGUGGGCGACAGCCGGGCAAUGAUGUGCCGAAAGGGCAAGGCCCUCAAGCUCACGGUGGACCACACGCCAGAAAGGAAGGACGAGAAGGAGAGGAUCCGUAAGAGUGGUGGCUUUGUGACCUGGAACAGUCUGGGGCAGCCACACGUCAAUGGCAGGUUGGCCAUGACCCGCAGCAUAGGCGACUUUGACCUCAAGAAGAUGGGAGUCAUCGCCGAGCCCGAGACCAAGCGCAUUUCGCUGAAUCACGUCCACGACUCCUUCCUCGCAUUGACCACUGAUGGCAUCAACUUCAUCAUGAACAGUCAGGAGAUCUGUGAUGUCAUCAACCAGUGUCAUGACCCCAAAGAGGCAGCCCAGAGGAUCUCUGAGCAGGCAAUUCAGUACGGAUCAGAGGACAACAGCACAACCAUUGUAGUGCCAUUCGGCGCUUGGGGUAAACACCAGAACACAGACGCCAGUUACUCCUUCAGCCGAAACUUUGUGUCCAGUGGCCGCUGGGCUUAAGGUGGGGACCGAGAUGUGAUUGAGGGAGACGGAGAGGGCAGUAGCCGUCCUCCCAAAAUGGGAGGCGUCCAGUGUGCAAUAUGUAGAGAUCUAGAUCCAAUCUAAGAACCAUGAUCCAGCGCCUUAGAAAUGUCACAUGUUCUAACACAUUAUCUAGUCUGGGACUGUGAGGAAAGGGCUCACAACUUAAGUAAGAUGCACUUAUUAAAGGACACGUCCAAUGCAUCAAAAUGCUGCCACAUCAUUCGAUUCCGAACUCUUCAGGGGGUUGUUGCAGUUCAUGUAUUUUUGCACAGAUUUGUUUCCCAGUGAGUUGCCCAUUGAAGGGUAUAACUGAUUUCCAGUAGAAUGAGUAUGAUUUCUGACAAUAAGGUUAUUGUGAAGAUGUAGAGAAAGCUUUUCUGGCCAGGAUUAGGGACUGUUUCCUCUGGUCAGUUGUGGCUCACAGUGGGAAUUGCAAUUGCUAAAUGAUUUGCACUCUGUCGCCACCUACAGCCUUGUGCCUGUUCGUACAGCUAGAUAUUUGACAUUGCAUAAAGCUGCACGUGUUAGAAAAUGUGCAAUCCCUUUCCAGCUGGGUCCAACUUUACUUUGGGCUAGAAUGGAGUCGAUUGGUGUGGCAGCCGCUUUACACGAGGGUCAGUAUGCCCUCAGCAAUUUGGAACUGUGGCUAAUCAUUCUCUACGUGAGGCAAACAUUGGCAGCACGCUAGUUAUUAAGUUGCAAAGAACCAAGUACAUUUGUCACUGAGAUACAAUUUUUCUGGUUCAAACAAACAAAAACAUCCAGUUCAGUCCAUGGCACUUAUGUCUCAGGUGCUCAAAUAGUACUUGGGUGCGACGGUUUCGUUUUUUGAUUUACACACUAAAAUCAGCUGUUGGAGUUUGCACCUCAGCUACUCCUUAUACUAUAUGGUUGUAAUGAUGGAGCAGCAGACCACCCCACUUUAUUGCUGUCAUUUGUGUAUUAAUUACCUCAGACUCAGUGACAACCGCAUAUCAGAAGUAUGGUGAAUGCUAUUGAAAGGAAGAUUCAAUAGGUUUCUCUUUUGUGGCAUUUUAAGCAGUCAACACGCUCAAAGCAACUGGUUUCAUGUGUGUAAUUCCUUGUGCUUCCUCAUGUGGGCGCUCUCCUGUUUCCUGUAGUCGUCCUCAUUCAACUGGAUGACCAGUUUGUGUAGUACACAGUCAUAUAGAGAGAGGCAGCUGUAGUCUUUAGAUAUUGGAAUGCAUUAAGAUCAAAGAGGUUUUGAUGGCAGCUCUUAUGGUGAUUCAUGUGAAUGGCUACUCUGUGAAACAGAGAAAGCCCUUACUAUACACACCAUGCAGACUUAAUCCAGAAAAGGAAUCAGGAUGUGAACAAAGCGAUGUAAGUGAUAUGCACUGUUCUGGAAGUGUCCCCACCUUCUCAGUCUGAUCAAUAAAACCUUUUGGAUUAGAUAGUCUGAUCCACUGAACGUGUUCAGUAUAGUUUCUGUGCUUUAGGUUUUGCAAUUUUAUGACUGUGUCAAUAAAAGCAGUAAGCACGUAAAUGGCACCAGCUUCCAGGGGGAUUAGUUUGGUUUCAUUUAGAAACUUGCUGAACAAGGAAUCUAUCUAGAAUGGACAACUGAGGUUUGCAUAGAAUCUUUGGUUUAAUUAACCAAACAUGCCUGUCCUAAAGGUGUUUUUUCCCCCACCCCAUUCUUCAGUCCCUGAAAAAGUGCAUUGUAUGUAAAUCUCGUCAUUUUUGUAUAAUAAGGUUUUUUAUAUAUAAUUAUUUAUAUAUUUUGAUGUCCAGCUAAAAUACUGUGGUUUGUAAAAAUGUAUACUAUUGUAUAGUGGUUGCUCAUUUGAAAUGUUCAGGUUUGUGUGUGGACUAUAUGCAAUUCUAGUGUUGAGUGAGCAUAUAGUAAAGAGCCUGCUGCUGUCAUGGAGAGAGAGCUAACAGUGACGUGAGGAAGGAGGGGACAGUCACGGAGACGGAGUAUGUCACUCUGUCUCUGAUGGUGUUAGAAGCCUUGUGCGACAUUAGAAUGUUUGAGUGAACUCAUGCAAGUUGGUUGAAAUCUUUCUGUUUGGGCUUCAAAAAUUACUGUUUGGGCUUCAAGGGUGAAGGUGUUGUAUGACUUGGUUCUGCUUUAUGUCUUCCCACAUAUAUGCCUGUUUUGUUUUUCGUUUUUUAACCAAGCAAUAUCUUCUAAACAAACUUGGUCUGAACUCUAGCUUUUGGAUUUGUGGGUCUCUGUUGUACUGUGAUAUAUUCUGGGCACAAUCUCACAAACGUAUCUGUCUUGUACCAAAAUAUGUGUAUCAGAUUGCUCCUCUGAAUGUGAACUACCAGACGUGAAUGUACAAUGUGUUUGAAGGCCAUAAUUCAAGCCCUCCUGCCUACACCUGUGCUAUUUCAAGACCCUCCUUACCUGAUAUUUUUUUCACUAUAUUUUACUAUAAUGCAACAUGUAUAUCACCAAUAUUCAGUGCAAUUAGUGAAAGUCCCCAUCCAUGGUAAUGGGGUGUGAAUUGAGCUAUUUUACUGAUCUCAGAAGUAAUUGAAAUAUUCUGCUGUACAGUAUGUUUAACCAUUAAGCCUUCCCAGGUACAAUAUACAGUUUGUUUCCAUGCAAUGUACAUGUACUUAAAAUCUUUGAAUAAACUCCAAACAAGAAA